GGAGAAGCAGGAAAGAUGGCGAUCAUCCAUUAGACCGACCGGGCGCACGCAUGAAAUACGAGGACAACUUUUGGGAGGAUCGCUUGAGGAGAAGAUUGUACCAGUUUCCCUGAUUUUACAGGGAGUGCUCCCACUUUUCAAUGAUGGAGGUAUUGCAGUGUGACGGCUGUGACUUCCGUGCCGAGUCAUAUGAGGACUUGAAGAUCCACAUUCAGGAAGUGCACACCGUUUUCCUGCAGCCUGCAGAUGCAGAUGAGUCUGACUCUCUAAAAGACGAGGAUGAAGGGGAGGAGGAAUAUGAGGACAAGGAUGACAAGGAUUAUACGCCUCCUAAAGCUGGAAUGAGCCCCAACUCUACUGAAAAUUCCAAGCAAACACCACAAAACCAGACAGCUGAAACCCACCUGCCAUUUUACCAGUGCAAGUUCUGUGUCCGUUACUUCAGAUCAAAGUCAUUCUUAAGAAACCACACCAAAAAAGUGCAUAAUGAUGUAGAGGAGGAUUCUGAUGCAAGUAUCUCGUCGGAGACAGCUAAGAAGCCCGGCUACACCGUUAUAAUGUACAAUGACCAUUCAAAGGUGUAUUCCUGUCAGCAUUGCACAUACAAGUCUCCACGCAAAGCAAGGAUAAUUAAACACCAACUAAUGUAUCAUAACAAGGUUCCCUCAGAGAGCACUGGAGAUCCUUCAGAAUACACCGAGACCGGAGAGGAAUCUGACUCAGCCAGUGGACUCGUGAAGGGAACAUUUGCCUGCGAAUGGUGUGACUAUCAGACUGACCAGAAGGACAGCUGGACUAAUCACGUGGUGAUGGAACACAGUGACAAGGUCAAGAUAGUUUCCAGCAUUGCGGAUCUAGAAGGGGAGGCAAGUGCAAGCUCACCCAAACCAGAUUCUCCCUCCGCUUCGCAAAGCCCGACUAGAUCAAAGAUGAGUUCCACUGAUGUUGAUGAAAAGGAAGAGCCGGAAGGAAAAACAGCAGAAAACACAUCAGAGAAUCCAGUCCCAGAGAUCUCAUCCUUUCAAUAUGCACAGAUUAGUGCAGUAGCACCCAACAGCACAGGUUCCUCCAUUUUGUCCAAGAAGUUCGCUUCAUCUGACGUCUCCAAAAGUGUUGUAGAGAUGGAUGCCAACCUAAUCAAUGAGGAGGACUCUCGUAGCAGCUUAGAGGGUGAUGAUGAAGAAGAGUUAGGGGAUAUAGAUGACCCCAACUAUACUGGGACCCUGUCAGCAGAUGCAAAGCAGCUUUUAACUGAUGAGGAUAAUAAAUUACUGGAGACUAAAGGAAUACCAUUUAGAAAGUACAUGAACCGAUUUCAGUGCCCCUUUUGCUCCUUCCUUACCAUGCACAGGCGGAGCAUCUCCCGCCACAUUGAAAAUAUUCACCUUUCUGGUAAAACCACAGUGUAUAAAUGUGAUGAAUGCCCGUUUAUUUGCACCAGCCCUCUUAAACUAGGCACGCACAAACAGAGCCACAUAUCCUCAGAUGUAGACACCAUGGACCUAACAAGUGAUAGCCCAAAUCCUCUCAAUGACAGUGCUGCAGAGCCAGUUAAUGGGGGUAAUGUAAGUUCCAAAGUCAAUGGAAAAAAGAUAACCAGCACACCGAACGACCAGCAGAAUCCUCAUCGCUGCACACUCUGCAGCUUCUCUACCACAACUCUGAAAGGUCUGAGGGUUCACCAGCAGCAUAAGCAUUCCUACUGUGAUGACCUAGAUCCCACUGUCUUUGAAAGCCAGCUGACUGACCAGCCGGACUCUGAAGUGGACGCUUCUCCAAUCUUUCUACAAAAAACCCAGACCUCCAUUUUAGGACUUGCCACCAAAAAGCCCUUAGUAACAGGGAAAAGAGCCAGGAAGUCCAUUAAUGACUUACCUUUGGAUUUGUCCUCGGUUAAGAAGAGGACUAGAAUUGAUGAAAUUGCCAGUAACCUUCAAAGUAAGAUAAGCCAAAGCCAACAGGACAUGAUCAUAAACUUAGAUGACAUGGAUGAUGAAGAUGCAGGAGAAAAUCACGCCGGUGAUGAUAUAGAUGGUGGAAACCAUGACAAUAAAAACCCUAUCUUCACUUAUAACACACAACAGCUUCAUGCAAGAGAAUCAAUGAUCUCUCAAGAGGGAGGAAGAAUAGGAAAAAGAAAAAGCAACCCUAAGUCAAAACCUAGAAUCAUUCCUAUAUCACUGACUCUCUCAGAUUAUAGUGAAAACAUCUGUGCUGACCCCAGCGACAGUGCUAUCCAAGAGACUGCCGAUUAUUCAGAGGAUCCAGGAGCGGCACGCUUCUACUGUAAACACUGUGAUUACCACAACAAAUCAGCUCGUAGCGUCAGCACCCAUUACCAGAGAAUGCACCCUUACAUCAAGUUCAGCUUUAAGUAUAUCCUGGACUCCGAGGACCAGAGUGCGGUCUUUCGCUGCUUAGAGUGUUACAUCGAAUACACAAAUUACAACGAUCUGCAUCAACACUACAUGGAUCAUCACCCUGAGGCAAGCAAUGUGCUCAACUUCAACCAACCAAAUCUGGUAUACAUGUGCCGCUUUUGUUCGUACACAAGCCCCAAUGUCAGGAGCCUAAUGCCCCAUUACCAAAGAAUGCACCCUACAGUGAAAAUUAACAAUGCUAUGAUCUUCUCCAGCUAUAUAGUAGAGCAGUCCCACAAAACAGGUGAAUCCCAAACACUGAGGGAAAUAUUAAACUCUGGCCCCAAGAAUCUGAACUCAGCCACGUCAACCCCCAGGUCAUCCACCAGCCCAGUGCUGAAAACGGUCUCCAAGAUCCCCGAAGCCAGUGCUGAGACAGACCCUCUCAAAGAAUCUAUAGGUGGCAAUGUAGUUGUCUAUGAUUGUGAUGUGUGCUCUUUUGCUAGCCCCAACAUGCACUCCGUUUUGGUCCACUAUCAGAAGAAACACCCAGACCAAAAGGCAUCUUAUUUCCGUAUUCAGAAAACCAUGAAGGUCAUCUCGGUGGAUCAAUCGCAGUCUGUUGCAAACUCUUCACAUAAUCUCAACAUGGCAACGCCUCCAAAACAACCAAGCGCAGCGCUGUUUGGUCCAGAAGAAGAAAUGUACUACUGUAAACAUUGCGUGUACAGCAACAGAUCUGUUGUUGGAGUGUUGGUCCAUUAUCAAAAGAGACACCCAGAAGUAAAAGUGACAGCAAAAUAUAUCAAACAUGGCGCUCCCACACCCGGUUUGAUGAAAUUAAUGGAUGAAUUGCAAAUUGCGGCUCCCAAACAGUUUUUGAAGCAGUUUCAAAACAAUGGUCACGAUGGAUCUAACAACACAAGCCCGAAACCAGGAAGUGGUGAAAAAGGUGAGGACGAGCUGUUCUUUUGUCAGCACUGUGAUUAUGGCAACCGCACUGUAAAAGGAGUGCUCAUUCAUUACCAGAAGAAGCAUAGGGAAACCAAGGCCAACGCUGACCUUGUGCGUCGUCACACUGCAGUUGUCCGGAGUCAGCGCGAGCGUGCACAGAUGGUUCAGUCAAGCAGCAUCUCUUCUGCCUUGACCCCAGCCCCUCCAGACCCUGAAAACACUACGCUCCUGCGCUCCCUGAAGUGCAGACACUGUUCCUACACAUCCCCCUACGUCUAUGCUCUAAAGAAACAUCUUAAGAAAGAGCACCCCACUGUGAAAGCUACAGCCAUGACCAUUUUACACUGGGCUUACCAAGAUGGUGUUCUGGAGGCUGGCUACCAUUGUGAGUGGUGCAUUUACUCCCAUGCUGAACCCCAAGGCCUGCUGCUCCAUUACCAAAGACGCCAUCCUGAGCACAAUGUCGAUUACACAUACAUGGCCAGCAAGCUAUGGGCUGGUCCGGAGACCACCCAACAAGGGGCCAAUAUGGAAACUAAACAUUACAAAUGCAGAGACUGUGCCUUCGAGGCCUGUACAAUUUGGGACAUUACUAGUCACUACCAGGCAGUCCACCCUUGGGCUAUUAAAGGGGAUGAAUCUGUGCUUUUGGAUAUUAUCAAAGGAAAUGGCUCGGCUGAAAAGAUCCACCUGCAGGUUGCCAAUGAACACAUGUCUUUCAAUUGCCAGUCGGUUGAAGAUGAUGGAGCGCUGGUCAUUGUCACCACACCUCAAGAAAGCAAUCUCCAUCCUCCCCACCCACGUCUUUCCAUGUCUAACAAUACUUAUCAGUGUACUGUAUGUCUGUCAGAGUACAACAGUCUCCAUGGCCUCCUCACUCACUAUGGAAAAAAGCACCCAGGCAUGAAAGUAAAAGCAGCAGAUUUUGCACAGGAAGCAGACAUCAACCCUAGCUCUGUGUAUAAAUGUCGACACUGUCCGUAUGUAAACUCCCGAAUCCACGGGGUUCUAACUCACUAUCAGAAGAGACACCCGUUAGUGAAAGUCACUGCAGAAGACUUUGCAGAUGAUAUAGAACAAAUCGCUGACUUAAAUGAAGAUGACAAGUGCAAAACUCAAAGGCAAGGCUAUGGCGCAUACAGAUGCAAAAUUUGUCCGUACACGCAUGGGACACUGGAGAAACUAAAAAUCCAUUAUGAGAAAUAUCACAAUCAGUCGGCCGCUGAAAUGUUUGCUGCCUCUAUGACAUAUUUUACUCCCGGUGGAGAAACAGAGCCAGUAGCCGAAUGCAGUGCUGGUAAUAUAUCAAGCACUGCCAAAGUCCAGGAAGUCAGUGAAUUGGACCUUGCCCUCUCCAAGUUACCCAUCAAUAAGACAGAGAAACAUGCUAUAUUCAAGUGUCAGCUCUGCAAAUACUUCUGCUCCACCAGGAAAGGCAUAGCUCGUCACUAUCGUAUCAAGCACAACAACGUCCGCGCUCAGCCAGAGGGUAAAAACAAUGUCUUCAAAUGUGCUCUGUGUGCAUACACAAAUCCUAUACGCAAAGGUUUGGCAGCACAUUACCAGAAGCGGCAUGAUAUUGAUGCCUAUUAUACCCAUUGUUUGGCUGCUUCCAAGACUAUGACGGAAACUCCUAGCAAAGUGAUAGCACCCCCGCCACCAGAAGGAGACAAUUCAGAAAUGAGUGAAGACUUGCGUUUGGCUGUGGAGAGACGAAAGUGUUCUCUUUGCGCCUUUCAGGCCUUCAGCAGGAAGAGCAUUGUCUCUCAUUACAUUAAACGCCACCCAGGUGUCUUCCCCAAGAAGCAGCACGCUAGCAAGCUUGGUCGCUACUUUACCGUUAUCUAUGCCAAAGAACCCGAAAAAAUUGCAAUGGCAGAGGAUGACAAGGAAGUGCUAGAGGUUCAGCUUAAAUCCGAGCAGGAUGGAGAGGUCGAAUGGCUGCCAUUCAAGUGUCUAAAAUGCUUCCGGUUGUCCUUUAGCACAGGUGAGCAGCUCUCUAUGCACUACAACGACCUCCACAGCAAUGACUUGAAGAGGGACUUUGUGGUAUCCCCCGGUCCCGAGGAUGAGGAGUCCGAGUUGUACAAGUGUUCUCACUGUGAGCUGAAGUUCCUAGCUCUCCCAAUUCUGGCGAAACAUCUAUUGAACCACAAUGAGGAGUUUCAGAAGAGGGCCAUGAGGCAGGAGAGGAGGAGGCAGCUGCUCAGCAAACAGAAAGCCGCAGAAAUACCUGAGACCAAACCGGAGAAGGAAAGCCCUGAAAAUAAAGCUCCCAUAGGAUUCAGGUGUAACUUCUGCAUAGAGAUGCAUUCCACCCUCCGAGCCAUCUGCAACCACCUUAGGAAGCACGUCCAGUAUGGAGAAGUCAAAGAGGGACAUGUCAAGCAGGAAGUCAGCGAGGUCCCCCUGACCCUGCCUUCAGAGACCCUGACUAAUGGCGACCUCGAGGGGGAUGAAGCAGCUGAAGCUGACGACCUCGAGAGAUACUCGGCUACGACGAUGGGUUCACCCUUGGUUUCCACAGAUUCUGUUAGUGUUGCCACGGAGACACUGAAAACAGAAAUGGAUGCUGUUGGAGGAAUGGGAGCGGCCCUCGUGGCUGCAGCGAGGGCCACAGUGUCAGAGGGCGAACUGAAGCAACGCUUAGCAGCAGGGGGUCACCCAUGUGCCCAGUGUGACCGAGUCUUCAUGUCCAUGCAGGGACUGAGGUCCCAUGAGAGGAGCCACUCAGCCAUGGCAAUGUUCAGCAGAGAAGACAAAUACAGCUGCCAGUACUGCCAGUUCGUCUCACCCUUCAGACACAAUCUGGACAGACAUGUGCAGUCUCACCACGGGCACCACAAGCCCUUCAAGUGCAAGCUCUGCCCCUUUAAAUCUGCCUACGUGAGCCGCUUGAAGAGCCACCUGCAUAAGGCACACACAGGUGAGCAGCACACAUACAAGUGCUUGUCGUGCCCCUUCUCCUCGAUGACCAUCAGCCUGCUGAAGGAGCACUCUCUGAGAGACCAUGGAGAGGCCCUGACCCUCCCCAAACUGCGGGCUGCUACCCAGGCUGUUCAUGCCGCCCUCAGGCCCUCACGGCUGGCCAGUAACGCAGAGCAGACUCCCUUGGACCCGGAUGAUCCAUCAUACCUGGAGACAGCGGAUGUUCGUCAGCAGCUUAGUCAUUACCAGCUGGCCUCCCGCAGUCAAAUGUCUUCCAGCUCCACACCUGGCGUCUCAACAGCGGCUGAUAAUCGCCCAGACAGCAUCCUCACUUGUGAGUUCUGUGAGUUCAGCUCUGGGUACAUGCAGAGCCUGCGUCGGCACUACAGGGACCGCCACGGUGGCAAGAAGCUCUUCAAGUGCAAAGACUGUUCCUUUUUCACCUGCUACAAGAACACCUUCACCAUGCAUGUGGAGGCCGGUCACAACAACAAUGCACCUGCCAACCUACCUAAAGACCUGCGCUGCCCUCUCUGCCUCUACCACACCAAACACAAGAGCAACAUGAUUGACCACAUUGUCCUGCACAGAGAGGAGCGCGUGGCUCCGCUGGAGGUCAGCCGCUCCAAGUUGUCGCGCCACCUGCAGGGCCUCGUGUUCCGUUGCCACAAAUGCACCUUCACAUGCUCCAGUGACCAGACCCUGCAGCUGCACCUGCAGAAGCACGCUGAGAUCAAACCCUACCAGUGCCUGCUCUGUUAUUACGACAGCAGUCAACGGAGCCAGCUAGAGGAGCAUCUGCGCCUUGAGCACAAGGUUAUCCGGAACUUCGAGCUGAUGGGCCGCGUCAACCUGGACCAGCUGGAGAAGAUAAAGGAACAAGGGAGCAGCGCAGAGGAGGAAGAAGCAAGAGAAAUCAUGGAGAUGGUUAGAGAUGGAAAAGUAGCUGCAGAGGACGAGGACGAAGGAAUGGAGAUUAUGGAGAACAUGUUGGAGGAACAGAGAGAGAUGGAUGAUGAAGAGAUAGAGGACAACAUCAAAGAGGAAGAGGAGGAAGAAGAUGAAGAUGAUGUCAGAGGGGUUAAGGAGGAGAAGCCUGGCUUACAAGAAGUCCUUGCAUCUCCCAGCAGCAGCAGCAGCAGCAGCUGUUCUGCAGAGAAGCGUCUUCCCUGUGAGUUCUGUGGCCGCUGCUUCACCAACAGCCUCGAGUGGGAACGUCAUGUCCUUCGACAUGGCAUGAUGGUUAACAACAGUCAAAUGGACACCAGCACCACCUCCGCGAUAGAGGCCUCAGCUUCAUCUUCCACUGGCUCCUCUGUCUUGUUGGAGGACGCAGGAUUGGACCUGAACGAGGAAGUGAACACUGCUGAUAUAUCACUGAGAAGCCCAAGCCAGUAUGUGGAAGACAAAGAAAUGCUUGACACCAAAAAGGAUGAACAGUUUGGUUGAACUGAUUGUGGCCUCUUGGUAGAAGCUGAUAACAUUGGGUAGGAUCAGCACUGAGUUGAAUCUUAAAAUAGGACGUCAAAGGAAACAAAAAGAUUGAAACUGAAAAAAAAAGUGACUACUUAUGAGUUGGAGCAUUACUAGAUUUUAGGUGUUACAUAUUUAAGUAUUAGAUUGUGCUGCAUAAAACGGCUGAGCUCUUUAAACGGGCAGUCCCCUAGGACAGAUCUUAAUAUAUUGGUAACCAAUAGUGAACAGAACUCUUUAUUGCUGACAUUCUGGUCAAAUCUACAGUGAAAGAUCCCACCUAGAUAAAAAACUAAGCUAUUUAUAAAGAAUGUUGUCCAAAAUGAUUAACUAAAUUUAGUAUUUUAUUAUUUGAAGCACCUUUUACACUCCCCCCAAAACAUGGGUAGUAUAAAUUUACCCAAAAGGAACAAACAAGAUAUGAAAGCAUUUAAAACCGUGGCCCACUGUAGAGCUUCCUUUUCUCGUUUCUUGUCGAACUUUUUUCAUCUUAGCCCUGUGUUAAAUGUGUAGAAGUAUUCCUUGAAAAAGAGUCGCACCUUAUCUAUUUUAGUAAAACCACAAAUCGUGUUUCCUUCAUUCGUAGAAAAUACUGACAAUUUGCCCCAAUGUUUGUAGCAAAUUGCUAUAUUUUAGGUCCCUUAAUAUUAUACUACGUAUAAGCCUUCAGCCUGUGGCACCCUUCACAUUUUGACUUUAUUUGUUUAUUGUCCAGUAAUUUCACUGAUGAAAUUAUGGAAGUAAUGGGAUUAGUUUAAAUCUCUCGUCCCCUGUGAGAUAUCCUGCUGUCUGUUGUCCUGGGCUCUCAGAAGAUCAAUAUAACAACAGAGAUAUGUUCAAUGUGUCAUUACUGUAUCCAUGUGAUAUACAGUAGGUAUCCGUUAAGAUGAGCAUAGCAAGAGUUCGCCUGAAAAGUAACCACAGGUUUUACACAAAUGGCAUUAUGAUCAAUAGACGGAUGUUACACUUGUCUUUUCAGUGCAAAAUUCAUAAUUGGAUGUGCCAGAAUCCAGUGAAGUGCAUCCACAAAUGACAAUUUAAUGCAAAGUUUGGAGGAGGCUGACCACUACGGCUGAGUGUUAAAGCCAGUGCUUAAGUGCCUUAAAAUGCAGUUCCCCUAAUAGCCACCAAAUGGCUUUAAAAUGUCGCCUGCUGGUUGGAAAGUAACCAGGAAAUCAUCCCCCAAUCUCUCAAAAUCUAAUGUUUCUUUCCACAAGAAUUUAUGGCCUCAACAGGUAAUAUCACUUCUUCUAAUGUGUGCCUUAGUGGCCCUUUUGAAAGUCAUUGUUGAAAUAAAAUCAGAUUAGAUUAAAUAAGAUUAAACUUUUAUUGUAAUUGCACAGAGUGAGUACCAGCACAAGAACCAGGGUAGUGCAAACCGCAGUGAAGAGGAUGUUGAGGCUUAAAGUGUUGGUUCUUACCAAAUUACGUAGAAAAUAUAUAUAUAAUCAACCUCUGCCAUGCAGAUAUCUUUGUUUUUAUUUGAGAUAUCCGUCGGAGAUUUAAUGCCGAUCGAAGGGAAGUGGAUGGAAUUUAAUUGUUAUAUUAACAGCAUAAAAGAAAUGGAGCUGUGCUUAUGGAAAGAAACGCUGCUAAGUGUGUGGUUGUUGUUUUUUUAAUGCUGUGAGCACAACAAAUAUAAUUCCAUGCUGAACUGGUUAUAAGUGGAGCCAUGUUUGCUUGAUUGACAGAUGUCUCUGCCUUUCACAGUCAGCCUUGGUGAUUACCUCAACUCCAUCCAGGUCCUUCCACAUGGCCCAAAUUCAGAUUUUUAGGCUCCAAAUGACUGAUAGGCUGGCAUUAAGCAUUACACUCAAAUCUUGGCCGCGAGACGUCCCUUCAGAAACUUAUGGCUGAUGCCACAGACACCACAAACAUGUUUUUCUGCAGUUUGUGGUCCAGUUUUGAUGUAAUGAGAAACACUGAAAAGACAAAUGUGACUAGGUCUAAAAGCCCUCAAACCAUUUGUUUCCACGAAUAUAAAGCAUAUUUACCACUGGGACUGUAUGUUGAAGAUUUACUUUUUAAAGGUGUCAAAUCCCCCAACUUAAACCCCUUUAAAAUAGCACAACUGUCAUAGUCUGCAUUAGUGUGCUUCUUUUUAGACAAAGUUAUCAUAUUAUUGUUGAUACUGACAAAAGGCAGAGAUUGUAUUUGUUGGAAGUUGCUGCUUGAAUGCCCUAAAGCCUUAUAAGAUAAUGAAUAGCAAAUGUCCAAUGUCCAAUUCCAAUAUGACCAAUAAGCAACAUUAAACAAUCUGAAAUAAAAUGGCUGAUAACUACAAUAUCAAAUUUGUAGAGGAGCACAGUUAAUGCCAUUGUGUUCUUGGUACCAAAAUAUUUACCAAGCCCGCGGUGUUUGCUGCUGUGAUUGUCUUUCCUGAGCAUUGAACCAUUGAUGGAAAUGGGAAAUUUGAGUUUGGAACCAGGAACCAACAUGUUUGCAGCCAUGUAUAGAAAACAAAACUACUUGUUAAGUGUUUGAACCGUGGUGUUUCAGAAAGGAUACUUUAACCCUUUUUUCCUUUAGGUGUUUUCAUUUAAAAAAAGAAGAAAAAAAAGAAAUCUAAAGAUGAUAGCUAACCCUUAGGGGCUGUUUGAGUCCCCAAUUCAACAUUAUUACGCUGUUGUACAAUGUCUGGUUACAAUAAAAAAAUAUCUCCUUUUUUGUACUGUAAUGGGAAUGAGCUGAUAGGAAGAGCAGUGUGGUUGUACAAUAUUUAAACAUAUGAAGGAAAAAUGAUACCGUUCUUUACUAAUUAAUGGCCAGGACUUUUAUUGUGAAGAAGAAAAAUGUGGCAAAUUUAAGAGACAAGAAAAUACAUUUCUUUGGGGGCACCUGAACUGCUUGGUCCUUUUCUGGGAUUGGCCACCAUCUGGGUUCCCAGUCGACCUAUAGAUCCCUCUGGGAUCUAGCUGACUCAUGUCUAAUCGAACAUCUGACACUCCAGUAUCUUCUGUCCAUCACCAGAAAGGACAUCUGCUUACUCUACCCCCACACAACAAGAGGUGGGAAUGUAGCAGCACCACUAUGUUCCUCAUUCCUUGUAAUACCUUAAAAAUCCUGUUGAGAUGGUGCUGAAUCUCAAAGCCCUUUUUCUGUUUUUUCAGGACGAGCUUGUAGCUUUUUGAAAGUUAAACUGUUUGAAAACUGUUGUUGUAGAAAUAAGGUUUGUAAGGCAGCUUGUUGCCCAGCUUGAAAGCCCAGUGUAAAACAGAUGAUAAAUUGGGACAAUCUGGGUAAUGAAGCUGUCAACCCGAAAUUGUUUGUUGUUCUGUGGAUCAUUUUAAUAGAAAAUGACUAUGAAUCCCUCACUGUGUGCAGUCUCUAGACUGUGAUAUUCCCAGUUUACCCAAAGUUAAGCCCCUGCUGACAACACACUGGAUACUUGUAUAUAUGUUUAGUUUGUUUCCGAUGCAUUUCUCUUUUCAGACUGUUGUCUCCAUAGUUUGACACUAGAAUCUCCUUCUUGCCUUUCUUCCCAUAUAAAUCUGAUUACCUGAUGGUGGGUUGUGAUGUUGCCUAGAAUGAUUGUUUACAAUUUUAUUCCAUUUAUCUCUGGAUAUUCUGUAAAUAUUGUAAUUCAUUGUCUUUUUUUAACUUGAUAAUAAAGUUAUCAGAUAACGGUUAA